AUGGGGACUGGGGCUGGCUUCUGCCCAGGCUUGCACUUAUCUCUGGGUAUCUGGGUGAUGAUAGCCGUGCAUACCCUCCAAAAUGCCCAGGCGGAGAUAACUUGCGCAUCUUGCACGGUGCCAGUGCAACUUCACCAGGAGGAAUUACAGCUGGGGAUGCGCACUGACCCGACAGAGGAGCCGGACACCCUAAAAAACAUUCGAGUAGAGUUUAGGGAACUCGACCAAAAUACUGGAGUGGACGACGAGCAGGAGACAGGCGUUUCUGUCGAGGAUGUCCCCCCUCAAGAUGUGGAUGGAGUUAGUACAACAGAACCAGGGGCAAAUAAAGAAAGUGACAGCGGCAGUGAUAAGGCAGGGGAGCCGGAGAAGGGCGAGGAUGUCGCGCUCUGGAGAGCGAAGAGAAGCGGUCCUGAGUUUGCCGAGUUCAGUGAGACCGGGCAGGCCGGCGUGGAUGUGGGGACUCCGGAGAACCGGGGCUCGUUGUUUGACGGACACAAGCAAGGGAAAUCCGAUUUCAGAUGGAACAGGGAGGAAGGGAGAGGGAAUAACCGGCAGGAUGAGCCCAAGAUCAUCAGCAGCACUUUCUCUCUGACGGGGGACUCUGCGCACAACCACGCUGUGGUGUACUGGUCAGGACAAAACAGCAGCGUGAUCCUGAUUCUAACCAAGCUGUACGACUUUCAUAUUGGCAGCGUCACUGAGAGCACACUUUGGAGAUCUACUGACUACGGCUCCACAUACGACAGAAUGAACGACAAAGUGGGAUCAAAGACUGUCCUGAGUUACCUGUAUGUCUGUCCAACUAACAAGAGAAAGAUUAUGGUGUUGACAGAUCCAGAGUUUGAAAGCAGCGUACUCAUCAGCUCUGACGAGGGAGCCAGUUUCCAGAAGUAUCGCCUCACCUUCUACGUCCUGAGCCUUUUAUUCCACCACACAGAAGAAGACUGGGCCUUGGCCUACAGCCACGACCAAAAGUUGUACAGCUCGGUGGACUUUGGAAGAAAGUGGCAGCUCAUUCACGAACGUGUCACACCGAGCCGAUUCUACUGGUCUGUUUCCGGCCUCGACAAAGAGCCAGAUCUGGUCCACAUGGAGGCUCAUACGCCGGAUGGAAAUGUGCAGUAUGUGACGUGCAGAGCUCAGACAUGCACAGAGGCUAACAGGAACUACCCGUUCCCUGGAUAUAUCGACAUCAGCUCACUGGUGGUUCAGGAUGACUACAUAUUCAUACAGGUUCCUACAUCAGGACGUGCUUCAUAUUAUGUUUCCUACAAGAGAGACCUUUUUAUACAAAUCAAACUCCCCAAAUACUCCCUACCUAAGGAUUUACACAUUGUCAGCACUGAUGAGAAGCAGGUAUUUGCGGCCGUGCAGGAGUGGAACCAGAACGACACCUAUAACCUCUACUUGUCCGACACCAGAGGGAUCUACUUCACCUUGGCCUUGGAAAAUGUCAAGACCACUAGGGGCAUCGGCGGGAACCAGAUGCUUGAUCUGUACGAGGUCGCAGGGAUUAAAGGGAUGUUGAUUGCAAAUAAGAGGCAAGACAACCAGGUGAAAACCUUCAUGACCUACAACAAGGGCCGGGACUGGAGGCUCCUGCAGGCUCCCGCUACUGACCUGGAUGGAAACGAUAUUCACUGCAUACUGCCUUUCUGUUCACUCAAUCUACAACUGCAAACGUCAGAGAACCCUUACCUGUCAGGAACAAUCUCCACCAAGAGUUCUGCACCGGGGAUCAUAGUUGCCACGGGAAAUAUUGGAGCAGAGCUGUCUUACAACAACGUGGGCAUGUUCAUAUCGUCUGAUGCUGGCAAUAGCUGGAGACAGAUUUUUGAAGAGGAGCACAACGUGUGGUUUCUGGACAAAGGAGGGGCCCUUAUUGCGGUCAAACAGCCAUCUGUGCCUACUAAACACUUGUGGGUCAGCUUUGACGAAGGAAGGCAUUGGACCCAACACAGCUUCUCCGCAGUGCCUCUGUUCGUGGAUGGAGUCUUGGUGGAGGCUGGGGCCGAAAACCAAAUAAUGACGUUUUUUGGACACUUCAGCCACCGUUCUGAAUGGCAGCUCAUCAAAAUAGACUACAAGUCCAUCUUCAGCAGGCAAUGUACAGAGGAAGACUAUCAAACCUGGCACCUGCACAAUGAGGGCGAGCCAUGCGUGAUGGGACAGAAACAGAUUUACAUGAAGCGCAGGCCUGGGAACUACUGCAUGCUGGGAAAGGACUACUCAAGAAUCCUCUCGGCAGAGUCCUGUAUUUGUCGUGCUCAUGAUUUUGAAUGUGAUUAUGGAUAUGAGCGCCGUGGAGACGGGAACUGCCGGCCUGCCUUCUGGUUUAACCCCUCCACCGUGUCCAGAAGCUGCAGCCAGGGCCAGAACUACUUCAAUAGCACAGGGUACCGUAAAGUGGUGUUGAACAACUGCACCAAAGGAGUUAAAGAGAUGUACACGGCCAGAAAGCAGCAGUGCCCCAACAGACCACCUAAAGGACUCCUGGUAACCACCAAAGACGGAAAACUCACCACCAACCUGGGAAGCAACGUCACCUUCCUGGUUCACCUGGAUGAGGGUGACUCUAUUCGCACCAACAUCCAGCUGGAUUUCGGGGAUGGCACAGCAGUGUCCUACUCCAACCUCAGCUGGACUGAGGAGGGGAUCAAACACGUCUACAAGUCAGCUGGAAUAUUCCGUGUCACAGCUCUGGCAGAGAACACGCUGGGUUAUGACACCACAACCCUCUUCCUGCAUGUCACAUGUCCAGUGGAGCACAUCCAGCUUCUCGCUCCCUUUGUGGUCAUAAAAAACAAGGAGGUGAACAUCACAGCAGUGGUCCUGCCCAGCCACUCACGCACUGUUACUUACUUCUGGUGGUUUGGUAACAGUACUGAGCCCAUAAUAACAUUGGACGGGAGCAUCUCACACACCUUUCCCAACGACGGAAUGCACACCAUCACAGUACAGGUGGCUGUAGCCAACACCAUACUGCAGGAUACCAAGACCAUAGCAGUCAAAGAAUUCUUCAAAUCUCUACUUUUAUCAUUCUCCCCUAAUCUGGACGAGUUCAACCCAGACAUACCCGAGUGGAGACAGGAUGUGGGGAGAGUAAUUAAGAAGGCUUUGCUCCAAGUGUCAGACUUCCCAGAGGAGCAGCUCCUGGUAGCCGUGUUCCCAGGUGUCCCAACAGCUGCUGAACUCUUCCUGUUACCCCACAAGAACCAAUCAGAGGGCAAGAAAAAGAGUGAAGAGGUGCUAGAGCAGGUAUCCGAUGUAAUUGUAACAGCGCUGAACCAGAACUUGGUGGAGUUCGAGCUGAAGCCCGGCGUAAGGGUGAUUGUGUACAACACACAGUUAACACUUGCACCCUUGGUGGACUCCAGCCCCAGACACAGCAGCUCGGCCAUGCUGAUGCUCCUAUCGGUGGUGUUCCUGGGUUUAGCAGUGUUCCUCAUCUACAAAUUCAAGAGAAAAAUACCUUGGAUCAACAUAUACGCUGAGGUGAACCAGGAGAAGGAGCAGGAGAUGAUUGGCUCGGUAGGCCAGGGCGACAGCACGCCUAAAAUCACUCUAAGUGAGUUCUCCGCAUCCAAAGAACUCAUGGAGAAAGAACUGGAUGCCAGGAUCAAAAGGGGAGUUGGAAAUCCGUGCGAGAGCACAAGGGAGAUUCCAAACUGUACGAGCGUGUAAAGCCGGAGAGCAACAGUUUAUGUACAGCGAAGUGUUACAGUGUCGGGGUUCUCUUUCUGUUUUGUAAUUCUCAACACAACUGAUGUUAAUAGUUUUCUAAGGGACCUCAUUUAUACUGACUUGCACGGAUGCCUCGUUCAGCAACAUCCACGCAGAAAAAUGUCAAUUUACUCGAUGAGAUCAGAGUCGUAACUGGCAAAACUUGUUCAGUUUUGUGGAUGUGUAAGCUACAUCCAUUCACAGAGGGAAAAACCUUUGGUCCAAUCCUGUGAAGAGUUCUGUAAAUUUCAUAAGGAGUUUGCUUUGAGAAUAAUUUCUGCCUAUAUAUAGACUAUAAUGUCUGAGUUCAAUCUAACAGGGAAUAUUAUUGAAAUGUACAAUAUUAUGAUGUGUUCUGUUAAAUGUAUAUAUUAUUACUUUCUACAUGCUUGUAGUCUAAGUACCAUGGACAACAGAGGAUCUGGUCUGUUUUUGAAAGUGUGUUAAAAAGUCAACAUUACUUAAAGAAAUCAACUUUGUUUCGCUACGGUCCUUGACUUGUGCAUGUUCUUAUUGAGGACAGGAUUUCUGUGUUGUAGAUAAGCAAGUGUUGUAAAUAGUUAUUUUCUAAUCUUCCAUCAGAAGAGCCCAAUGGAUUUUACCCACACUUGUUCCCUUAUUUUCUGAAGUUACUGUUUGACGAUAAGUAUCUCAUAGGAAAAGAUUUAUCUGUAAAUGCAGGUAGAACUCUAUUGAAAUAAUGCAGUGUUAACUUCUCACCAUUUCCCUGGAAAGAAAUACAAACAUGUCCAAUGUGUUUCAUUAGAUAUACACAAUAGAUAUCCAGUGAUGUUUACACAGAUACCAUCAUUGCCAUAUGCCUCAUUACAUUACCUUUGUCCUGUUGGACAAUGACUCUGAUAAGACAUCAGAACUAAAUUAUAUUGUAGUAACCAGUGAUCAAAUACACAAUAUUCAUAUGUUGGGAGAACCUUGAUGGCGUUCAAUCCAAAAUAACAUUAUAAGUUAUGUGUACGGUUCCACUUCGGUUCCAAAAAACAAGAUGACUCAAUAGAGUGGUGCAUUGAUGUCGUAUUAUUGACGACCCGGAAGUUAGCAUCGCAAGUGCUCCCUCAACAAAAAGCAAUUGGAUUUUUUAAAAGAUGUUUGGAAAAUUGCGAAAAAUAAGCUCUGUGACCAAAAACAUGUGAAUGAGACUUUACGUGUUUUAUUCACCAUGAUGUUCUCCAAAAAUCCCAAAAUGGUGUUGAUUUUUGGAGAUAAAAUGUCAUUGCCAGAACCAGAAGCUAACAGUAAGGUAUUAAAAAAACUUCAUCAAAGUCGAAGGACCUCAUGUGUUUAGUCACUUGUUAGCAACCACCGUUUUUAUAAAGCAUUGAAGCUUCGGGCAUUCACAAGUUGGGUGUUUUUCCACAGCCCUUAAUUCAAACAGUUGACUUUUAGAUGAGUGAACCGGAAGCGAUAUAAAAAGCCAACUAAUUUCCUGGUUUUAGGACUCAUACCUGCUCCACUCCAUACAAUAUUGAGUUUAAACAAUUAUGAGUUUAGUUAGUUAUAAAUGCCAGUAACUGCCACGUGUGUAAAGCUACACCUAAUACUGUUAAAACCCUAAGAAGGCCUAAAGUACAUCGAUUUUUUUAAGCAUAUACCUUAUAUUGCUUAUGUUAUGUUGAAUAUACACUAUCAAAAACAAAUUAUUUUUUCAUAAACGGAUAUAAUUGAAAACUUGUAAUGAACUCUUGCUAGUUUCUCACUUCGUUCUUUGCUCAGGGUUUUUCUGUGUUGGCUCAAAGCAGGUGAUGAAGGUUGAUUACUUCACAGAUCAUUUUGCCUCACAAACAUUUUUAAACUGAAUUUGAUCUCUAAAGUCAGUUGUCCAUAGGGCAUAGUGAGCCAACUUUCUACCCGGCCCCAAAGCCCGAUUCACAGGCAACAUUGUGCGAAUAAUAUAACAGCAGUUGUACAGCUUGGAUAAAUUUGCCCUUUUUUGUGGAGGGAGAAAAAAAAAUGUUCUUGCUUUUAAGAUAACCCUAAUUUCAAAGCAUCCAUGGUUUUCGUUCUUUGCAGAGGAGCUUUCUUCAUUUAUAUUUCAUCAUACAACUGUCAUUACAUCCUGUCACUGCAAACCCACAAUAGAUGAUAUUGAGCGGAGCAUGACGAUGUCUUCGACUCAGCCUGGCUACAGUCAUGAUAGUAAUAAUUUCACUGUAACUGUGAGUGAAUCGGAGCGCCUUUAAAGCUCAUGUUAUGCCAAAUGCCUGCAUAUGACUUAACUUAAAUCAGUGCUUAUGUCAAAUUUAGUGGUGCCUUUCUCCCUUUGUAGAGUCUUUUUAUCAUAUUUGCACUGGUUUAGCAGAAAGCAAAAGCUGUGCAAUCCUGUUGUGAAAUCGCCCCUUCCUUUAAAAAGUCUAAAUCCACUCUCCAUGGUGCCAUCAUGGUUCUUUAACAACCCUGCGCUUGACUCACUGCUUUGCUUUAAAAUCAGGAAGUAACAUCCUCCCAGCAUGCACCACUCUCCCAUCAAAGCUGUUUUCUUACUGACUGGCUUCGAGAUGAUUCCCGCCAGCCUCUUGGUAUCCAGCAUGGUGAUAAUCUGAGAGAGCUGGACACCUGAGAAGAGCAUGCCCCCAUGCAGCGCUUUCCCAAAAUGCUCAGCUGAAGUAAACAGCACUUGCAGGAUAAACGAGAGGGGACAGAGGAACACAAAGGCAUAGGCUGUCACAUCACAUAUUCAUUACCUCAAACACAGUGUUCUCAUAUCAAACCAAACAGCCAAACCGUGUUACCGCAGACAGAAUACACAUUGAACAAAGAUUGUUUUAUAGCUUUGUUGUAUUCAUCACAUGCCGUAAGCAAAGGGUUGUUUGCCUUGCUGGAUUUUCUUAGCGUGGGGUUUUUGAUGCUGUCUUUCUUCUGAUUUGUAUUAGCAAAACAGGAUUAGGACACACAGAAAAAAAAAGAAAAAAAAAACGUUUGAAAAGUUUGUACUGAACUUCAUUGCAAUCCUACAUGUACUGUAUUUUGUUGUCCUUUUUUCUCCCUCCUGGAUCCUUUGAACUUGUAAAGAAUGUAUGAUGACUUUACUGGUUAUAGCCAGGCCAUGAUAAUUUGAAGCAGCUUUUGCAUUGUACAGAAUUCGGUACUCCAAAAAAGUCUCAAAGAAAAGCUCCUGAACAUGUUCAUAGUGGAACUGUGAACAAUAAAUCAUUUCAUAGACUUUCGGUAAUUCCCUCAUUGGUCAUUCCAUCACCACGUUGAUCACUGGACAUUGCUGUCUAAUCUGACUUCUUAAAAAAGCCACAAUAUUCCGUAAAAUUAUCCAGAAAAUGAAAGAGAUUCUAGCUUUCGUGAUACUUCCGAAGGCAUAAGCAUUGUAAUGUUCUUCAUUGCACAAAAAUCUACAAUGCAUGCAUCAUCAUUAAUGUGCCAUUUAAUCUUUAUUUCCAUAUUUCUA